GUUUUGAGGUUUAAAUAUCAUGUGUAUAUGUAACUUGGCAAUGCACAUUAUCUUGAUAUUUAAAUAAACUUUACCUACAUUUUAUUUUCCGAACAUCAUUAUUCUUCCUGAAGUAAAGUGAUUUCUGCAUUUAUUCAGGGUAAAAAUGAUGGAUUCAAAGUUGUAUUUCGUUUGUACAGUGUUAUUUGCAUGCUAUAGUUUAUAUGUACCAAGUGUUGAUGCAGGAGAAUGUUGCAAUUCAUACGAUGAUGCACUGUUCAAUGAACAUUCAGAACAAUACUGCCCUGAUUUUUGUUGUGGUACCCGGCCAAUAAAGCUUUAUUGUUGUAGUCAUGAAGCCUUAAGAGCAGGUGAAGAUGAUCGAGACGACUUCUGUAUGCAGUGGUUUGCAGAUCACAUCUACGUCCCGAUUAUUGUUGCUGUAUUGAUCAUUGCUUUAGUGACCUGUUGCUGUUGUGCAUGCCGGAGACGUCGUGGAGGGGUGAUAAUCCAAACUCAACAACCAGCUACACUAUUGAUACACCAGCAACAAACCACUACACAGGACCCAUACCGUGCAGGAUACGACCAGUAAUAUCUUAAAACCAAAACAGUGUCAUGAACCUUUUUUUUAUAUUUUUGUAUAUUGCUUGCGACAAAGUAGCGGACACAAGACAUAGGCGUGCUGCUUCCAUCAAUGGCGGCAUUUAAAAACUCAACACUUUGUUAAAUUUCGUGAUUUGUGCAAUUUAAAGGGAAGCCGCAAUGGCGGAUCAUAGGUAUUUGGUAUGCAGUUGUAUAAGCAUAAACACAUCUCAAUGUAUGCCAGUUUAAGGGAAUCCACGUGGUCCAAAUGAGCCAGUAGUAUUUUUCAAUGUUAUUUUAAAAUUGUCACAUUUUAUUUCUAAAGAGAUGUUUGAUCCCGCCUGCUCAAUCGUUGGUCCAUUGAAUUUGAAACUUUUGCAAAGUUUUAGCAUUUACAUUAUAUUAUCGAAAUAACAUACAGUCGAGACACAUAUCUGUGUUAACAUUUUUGUAUAUAAAUAACUAAUGUGUUAUACAAUGUAAAUAAUUAACCAUUAAGUAUACAAUAAUAUAUGUUUUUGUUUUAAUAUUAAAAAAUUUUCACUUUUGCUUGUACCAUGCUGUCCCUGAUUUAGUUGUAUGCUCUAUCGUGGGAUUUAAGUUCGAAUUCAAAUGCUAAGUCAUAACUUUUGUUUUGUUUCAUAACUUUUUGUUUUUCUUUUUUAUUUGUGCACAUGAUGCAACCAAUACAAAACAUAAAUAAACUUGAAGCUCUG